AUGUUUAUGGGCCCAAAAGAGGGCGUUACCUUGGCCUAGUUUAUUUAGACUUAAAAGGGUUAUUAAGAGAUAAGAUUUGGGCCAUCUAUCUUAAGACACCUUAAGAUGAUAUUAGAGUGCCGCUCUUAUGGAAGAAUUUGGGUCGUCUACCAAAAGAGUCAGUUAUUAAUCAUAAUCGUCUAUUAGAGGGGCCUAAUUCUAUAGAGGUUUAAGGUAUCUCACCUCUCCUCUUGUAUGAUGUUUUUUGACUCUCUUUCUAGCAGUAGCUAGUUGAAGGAAAAAGGAAAGAAAUCAAGGCUUGGUCAACAACAUUCUUGUGCUCAAGAUCGUCGUGGAGAAGAAACUAUCUAGAACGUAUUAAGAUUGUGAUGGAUCAAGCACCACUUGACUUAGGACUGGUGCAUAUUGAGGUCUGUGUAAGAUCUAGAUAUAGCAGUCCUUGUAAUCUUUUAUAUAGAUAAAUUAACUCUUAGUUCGAACUAACUUUACCAUUUAUUCUAUCUUUUUAUUGCAUUAGAUCCAUUCUCUCCUCUUUACCACACUUUUUAUUUUUUUUGUCUUUACCCUUGUUAGAUUAAUUAUGUCCUUUACAAUCUCAAGUAUAUAUAUAAGAAAUAAAAUAAGUAAAAUUCUUACUCUUAUUACUCACACUCUUUGAGGAUUGAUACUUACUUAUCUUAAAUAAAGAGUGAGGUUUUAUAAAUAUUAUUUGCAUGAACUUGGUUGCAACACGAAGACAUAUUUAACUUCUAAAUUGAGUUUAUAAAGAUGCUCUGAAUAUAUUUGUCAAUGAACAUUAUUAUUAAUGAUCAUAGUGAUCUCUACUAUCAUAAUGUCUUACAUUGAAUAACUUUAUUUGUUGUGUCAAAGUCAUUUUGAUCGUUGAGUGUGAUGCACAGAACUAAACAACAUAUGUAUCUCUUUUGUGUUCAUGGCUAUUUUCUCAAUCUUCAAAUAGCACAAAGUUUUUUAAACUACUUGAAACCAUCUUCGUAAUUGCACAUCAAGCUAUGAUAAAAUGAAAUAAAAAGUUAGAGUCGGCAGGUGAUACUUUUGUAGAGACUUAAAUUCAUCAGUGGACAUGGGACUAAGUGAAGAUAAAGAUCAAUUACUUAGCUUGGAAAUCUGGCUUGCAAGAAAUACUAGAUCUUUCAAUUUUUGUUUUACAAAAAUUGCAAGGAUAAUGAUACGAGUUCCCUGGCUUCCAAGAACUUUUGAUGGGGUAAAUUUUCUUCCUAUUCAGCAUAGCAACAUUCCCACUAGUUUUCAUGAUCUCCUAUGUAUAGAAGUGCCUAAUUUGAUAUCAUACCCUUUUGAACAUUUCAUGUUGAAUCUUGUAUCUGAUACAAAUCUCUUUGAAUUCCCAGAUUUGUUUGGUGUUGUUCUCAUUUCCAACUCAAAAAUAAUUAGGUAUGAAUUGUAGGGCUUUCUUUUCCCAUACAAACUAGGUUAACCACAGAAUGACCAUGUGAAACUCAAAAGUUAGCUUUGGUGAUCAUGUAAUAUGAAAGUAUGUUGGUGAAUCAAGCAUAAAUUUAUAGUUAAUAGAUGAGGCCUUAUUUCGGAAUUGAGUUUACUUUCAAAGUGACCAAAAAAAAUUAAACUUAAUGCUGAUUUUUUAA